AUGGCGACGUUAGACUCUCCCAUCAAGAUCCUCCCCAACGAGAUCUCCACGCCCUACCUCGCCUGUCGAUACCUCGGCACGGCCGUCUGCGACGGGCACGCCAUCGACGAGCAGAACCCGAGCUUUGAGCACCUGCGCAAGCUGUAUUCGUGCUUCCGGCCGGUCGUCAUGGAGGAGAACAGGCGUGCGAGGUUUCGCUAUGGGUGGUCGUCGCAGACGCUGGCUGGUACUAGCUCACAGCUGCAGAUUGCUGCCGAGGAUGAUAAUGUCAUGGACGAGGCGGCGCACCAGGAGGUCUAUCUAGAUGAAGGAGAGCGCUUCUCGCAGCUUUGCACGGUGACGAAUAUCGUGACCCAGGGUGCUCGGCCGGGGCUAUUUACGCGGCAUAUCAACAUUAGCGAGGGCGUGAUUCGCGUGUUUAGAGACUGGUUGGCCAGCAUGUUGGAGAGGCCAUCCUCUUUACGGUCUGGGGCAUCUUCAUCAUCAGCCCCCGUUGCCGUGACAGGAGCCACACUCGCAAGCUCGGGCGUCUUCUCAUUAGACGACAGCCGCGUCUUGUGGGUGGACAGUACACAGAACGUUGGUCUGCGCUUCAGAGUGUUGCCCGGCCCAGACGUAAGGGGGACAAUCUUCGAAGACGAGCCGCCCGUGUUUUACAAUCUCAUUUACGAAGAACUGAUUGUACGCACCAGCACGCUGCUGAUGGCCGUGGAGGAGGCGGCCGACAAGCACGUGUCUCACUCCGGCAAGGAUAUCAUCAUCGCGGCUAUGUGA